CACCAUAAGCGCAAAAAGCUUCUUAACGUUAUCCCUCAACAAUUCACUUUUUAUUUCCCCAAGUCUUUCGAUAAAGUCUUCCAAUCUUCAUUGUACAUAAGACUUAUAUCGAUCUGGAAUAGACUCUUUUCUCGUACGUGGGUUUAUGGUCCUCAAUAUCUUUUUCUUUCUUUCUAGCGACUAAAGAAAUGCUGAUGGACAUUGAUAUUCUUUGUUUUGGCGUACCGAAAUUGGAGCUGAUAUAGCCUGUGUUUAGAUUCGAAACAAACAAUCUCGCCAAAAUGGUCCAAGUAGAGAACAAAGCCGUCUUGAGUAUGUCAAAAGAUUCCACGUAUCCUCAAUCUCUUGAUGUAUCUAUCAAUUUUCCCAUAGGAUUCUGUUGAGUCAACAUAUCCAUUUGGCGUGCAUAUACUGGAACUUGUCCGCAAUGCCUCAAACCUCUAUUCCCACAGUUCAACUCAACACUGAGAAACUACUACCCCCUAUACCUCCUCCUCCGAAGAAACCAGAUUAUAUACUUGCACUAUUUUAUGUCCUUGUAUAUCUUGAAGUCUCGUGGCUAAUUGUGAUGGUUUGGCACAGUUGUCAUUGAUGGAUGGGGAGUUCCAGGUGAAAAUUCACCCAAAGAUGGAGAUGCUAUUACAAACGCCGAAACUCCAGUAAUGGACGCUUUCGCAAACAACGCAGAUGGUUAUACCAAGCUUGAGGCAUCGUCUUUGGCAGUAGGACUCCCAGAGGGCCUCAUGGGCAACUCGGAGGUCGGUCAUUUGAACAUUGGUGCUGGACGAGUCGUAUGGCAGGAUGUGGUCAGAAUUGACCAAACAAUCAAAAAGGGAGAGUUGAACAAAAACGAGGUUGUUUUGAAGGCAUUCAAGGCUGCUAAGGAUGGCAAUGGACGUCUUCACCUUUGCGGUUUGAUCUCCGAUGGCGGUGUUGUAGGUACUCGUCGGAUACAAUCAAUGGAAUCAAUACUUACUCGAGUAAUAAUAGCAUGCGAAGCAAGAUCACCUCUACGCCCUCCUCAAAGUUGCAAAGGAACUCGAAAUUCCCCACGUCUACAUUCACUUUUUUGGUGAUGGUCGUGACACCGACCCAAAGUCCGGUGCUGGUUAUAUGGAAGCCCUUCUUGAGAAGAUCAAGGAGAUUGGAAUCGGUGAGAUCGCGACAGUGGUUGGCAGAUACUAUGCAAUGGACCGUGAUAAGCGAUGGGACAGAGUCGAAGUCGCAUUGAGUGGUCUAUGUAUUGGUGAAGGAGAGGAGAGCCGUGACCCAGUCAAGACAAUUAAGGAGAGAUACGAGAAAGGCGAGAACGAUGAGUUCUUGAAGCCUAUUAUCGUAGGAGGAAAGGAGGCUCGUAUCCAAGGUAAAUGGGUCAAGUUUCUCCGAAGUUCAUCAGCGGUACUAACCAGAAUUCUCAGAUAACGACCAAGUUUUCUUCUUCAACUACAGAUCCGACCGUGUCCGAGAAAUCACCCUACUCCUCGGUGAUGUUGAUCGUUCGCCAAAACCAGACUUCGCCUACCCAAAGAACGUCACCCUUACUACCAUGACCCAAUACAAGCUCGACUACCCAUUCGAAAUCGCAUUCAAGCCCCAGCACAUGGGUAACGUUUUGGCCGAAACUCUCGGUGCCCAAGGUAUUAACCAGGUUCACGUUGCCGAAACCGAGAAAUACGCUCACGUCACAUUCUUCUUCAACGGAGGUGUUGAGAAGGUAUUCCCUCUUGAGGUUAGGGAUGAAUCGCAAGAUCUCGUACCAUCAAACAAGAGUGUCGCUACCUACGAUCAGGCCCCAGAAAUGAGUGCUGCAGGUGUUGCCAAGCAAACGAGCAAGCGUAUUUCUGAAGGAAAAUUCGAGUUCGUCAUGAACAACUUUGCACCACCUGAUAUGGUUGGCCACACUGGUGUCUAUGAAGCUGCAGUAAUUGGUGUUGCUGCUACUGAUAAGGCCAUUGGCGAGAUCUACGAGACUUGCAAAAAGGAGGGAUACGUUCUUUUCAUCACUUCUGAUCACGGGUAUGUCUAUCCCAUUUUCUCCCUUUUUCCUUUUAAGUAGGCCAUACUUACAAAACCUCUUUUUAGUAACGCUGAAGAAAUGAAAUUCCCGGACGGCAAACCCAAGACAUCCCACACAACCAACAAGGUACCAUUUAUUAUGGCCAACGCUCCUCAAGGCUGGUCUCUCAAGCAAACAGAUGAAGGUGUUCUAGGUGAUGUUGCACCUACGAUUUUGGAGGUUAUGGGCUUGAAACAACCCGAGGAGAUGACUGGAACCAGUCUUUUGGUCAAGAGUUAGAUUCCCACCCAGCGUUGAAGUAAUUACCGAAUUGUUUCUAGUUUUGCCAUUAUAUUGUAUGACUAAAUGAAGUUUUGCGUUGUCUUUUUUUUCCUUUUUAGUAGAGCAAGCAUAAAUUACACAGAAUAAAGAGCUAAAAUUUCAUACUUUACAGGCAAGGGUACGAAGAGAGCUCAUGAUGAGACGAAGUAGAGAGAGACAACGUAGAUUCGCGAAGAUGUAUUUAUAGAUACCUUGAAUGUAUAUGGAUUAAGUGUCCACGUAUAUUGUUGCUAUGCACUUUACAGCAAUUACUGUGCGGCAGCUCUACGACCUGAUGGCCCUACUUCCAAAUCUUUGGCCCAAACUUUCUUGGGUGGUCUUUCUCCUGCUACUCAGUCAUUUUAUUCUCCUCUCCAUACGCGCGACAGAUCUUCAUAAGCCC